CGUCUACGUGUGCACUGUAUUCUAUGCGGUUGGUUCGGUGUUUCAUUAAAAUAAUAUUGUCUCGACGGCCAAAGUGUCAUUUGAUCGGCAUCAGUCGUAAACGGAACGCGUUGUGUUUUGUUCAGAAACAGUCUAAGCAUUCACGGCACUUGAGUUUUGGAGUGAAUCUCGGAAUCACAUAUUUUUUGGCAUUUAUUGAAACUGCAAUAGAAGACAAAAACUAAGAAAAUGGCACCAAAACAACGUAUGCGAGUAGCCAAUGAAAAGGCCAGCAAAAACAUCACCUUAAGAGGAAAUGUACCAAAAUCAACGAAAAAUAAGGAAGAUCAAUAUCCAGUUGGACCUUGGCUAUUGGCAUUGUUUUUAUUCGUUGUUUGCGGAUCAGCUAUAUUCCAAAUCAUCCAAUCCAUUCGCAUCGCGUAAUUGCAAUCUAACCGAAUCCCUAUUCUAUAUAAUAUAAUCACUGUAAAGAUAUUAAUAAAUGUAAAAAAAAUACACACAUACAUGUGAGACGAAAAAAAAAAUGUUGCAUCCAGAUUUACAAUUUUAUAUAAAUGAAUAAUUAUAUUAUAUCAAAGAGGGCGAAAUGCAAGCACACAACACAUAAACACAUUUGUAAUGCCUUUUUUGAGGGAUUCAUUGUAUGUAUUAUCAUUGUAUAAUUCCUUGUCAUUACAAAUUUACAUUUUUUUAUGCCAACAAUAGACGGAAAAUAUAUGCACAAAGGCACAAAGUUCACAGAACUUUGUUUAUGUAAAAACAAAUCAUUAGAUACAUUUAUCAAAAAGCAUUUACAAAAACAAAAUUAUAUUCUAUUUUUUCUCAUUUCAACUCGGUUAGUUAAAUUGUGUGUUUGCUAUUUAAAAACAAUGUGCAUUGCAAUUAUGCAGGAUAAUAUACAUUCGACUAUACUUUAAUCCUGGAUAAAGAUAUUCCAAGUAAAAAUUGAUUAAAUUAAAUGAAGAAAAAUAAACGGAAAAAAA